CCGGGAGGGGGGCGGGGACCGAUCUUGAGCCGGCCGGGUGGGAGAGCCGCCGUUGUCUCAGCUGGCUGGCCCUCCCCCGAUCCAUCCGGUCAAGGGGGCCAGCCCCGUGGAGGUGCGCUCCGUCCGGCUCGACGAGCUGGGCUUCGCGAACGACCGCCGUUGGGCGGUGGUGGACAUGGCGAUGCGGGCAAGAUUUAUAUCCGUGCCCGCCGCGCCUCGAGUCUUCGGACUCCCUCUCCGAGAAGCCCGAGGCGCAGUGGAUGCGGACAAGAACCUGGCCUCCCAGAUAUUUUUUGAAAGACCCGCAUCCACCGCGCCCUCUUGGCAUCCCUUCCCAAAACGUCAAGGACGCCGUGGAUAUGGGCACCAAUCUUGCCCGCAGGCGCGGCCGCCAGCGACCCGCGUCCUCCACCUGGCGGUCGAGCCGCGCCUCGCGCUGAUCCGCCCCGAGCUCGACGACCACCUGAGCCCCGCUGCGCGCCUCGAGCUGAGGGCCCCCGGGAUGCAGGACCUGAGGGUGCCCAGCCCCUCGGCGGAGGCCGAUCGCAUCGAGGUUGGGCUCUGGGACACCCCGGGCGUGGCCCUCGACUGCGGCCAGCAGGCCGCGGAGUGGCUCGGGCACCUCCUCGGCCGGGGCGGCCUGCGCCUCGCCCACCUCUCCGUCGGCCCGGGGGGCGCGGGCGCGCGGCCCCGGGAGCCCUGCAGGGAGCCGCACUGGAACGGCGGGGCGGAGGCGAACAGCGUCUACUAUCCAGGCUCGCGCGUCGGGUUCGCCGACAGCACGCUGGGGACGCUGCUGUCCGCGUCGUCCAUUGACGACCUCAACCGACGGGCCCCCAAGGGGGCCAAGCUUCUCGCCCCGCAGAACUUCCGCAUGAACGUGAUCGUCUCUGGCACCAGGCCGAACGAGGAGGAGAUGUGGAAGGGGUUCUGCAUCGGGACCGUGUCCGGGUUUGUCACCAGCAAGCUGUGCAGCCGCUGCACCGCCACCAACGUGGACCCAGAGACUGGCACGAAGCUCCCGUCCGUGGGACAGCCCCUGCGCCUGCUCUCGCGCUACCGCGGCCUGGGGCAGGUCUGGCGCAUGGACGGGCGCCACCGCGGGCCCGCCUUCGGGGUGAACUUCGGUGGCUCGGCGAAGAAGCGGCGUCAUCAACGUCGGCGAUCUCGUCACGCACGUCGUGCUCCGUGGCAUUGGCGACAGGAUGUACUGAUGGCCACCCGCGCACGUCGUCUGUUUCUGGUUGCGGGCAGGGCCUCGACUACCCACGAGGAGGAGGAGCACGAAGUGCGAGCGACGCCUCGGGCCCACCAGACUUCGUGCCGUCCAUCCCGCGGCCUCUUCGGCAUGGGCAGGCAGCGCUGGUGCACGAGCCCCCCGACGCCGCGUGGGGCUCGCCCUCGCGGGGGCAGACGGGCCCCAGCGGUGCUUCCGACAGGGCAGGCGCCCACCCGGGCCGUCGCGACGGAGCGCGAGCAGUAAGGUCUGUCGCGGCGGGCAAGUUUUCUCGCGAGAAGACGAGGAAGCUGCAGACAUGUGAAUCUUCGGAGCUCCGCACGGAUGUCUUGGAUCGGCGCUGGGCCCCGGCUCCGAACGUUCACGUCCAUGCUGUGCUUGCUUUCUUUGCAGAGAAGCUUCUCGCGAUCUCCACGCCAGAGUUCGAGCUAAAAUCGAUGUUUUGGCAACUUCGUGGACCGUUUUCGUUUUGCUUUCUCGUCUUGCAGCCAAGGUGGAACGAAGAC